AUGAGUUCUGACUAUUCAAAACAAUAUGCUGAUUUUAUAGGGGCGCUUGAAAAGCUCUUCCACAUAAAAUCUAAUGAACCUAUCGAAGAUAUGUGCAGUAUAAUUACAAAUACUUUGAUUUCGAAGUAUCAACUUACAAUAAAUCAACUUACAAAGUUAAUUCGUGAAGCAAUUAGAUACAAUUAUGCAUCUGGAGCGAAUUAUGUCAAAAUACUUGAACAGAUCGGGGCUGACCUAACCGGAGUUUCGGAUUACCAUUUUGAAACGGAGGGUUCGAUUAAAUUUAUAGUUAUGCAUGAUCAAAUUGAUAAGUUCAAGGAAUAUUUAACUCAAAAUUCAAUAUCUGGUGAUAUUUUUCUCAAAAUUCCUAAUUUUGUGUACAAUGCUUAUCACUAUCUAAAAUUUUUUGCAGAGUUAUCACUAAUUGAAGCAUGUGCCUACUUUGGAUCUGUUAACAUUUUUUAUUUCUUGAUUUCGAACCAAAUCAGUGAAAUAACUGAAAGGUGUUUUAGCUACGCAGUAAUUGGAGGAAAUCAAGACAUCAUUAACGAAUGCUUGAAAAAACAUAAAAUGGAUAUUGAUUGUCUCAGAAGCAUUAUAAGAGCACACAAUCACGAAUUGCUUGAAUAUGUUUUAGAUAGAGAGAUAUUCGAGCUUGAUGAUUUAUAUGGUGAGGAUUGGGGAAAAGCAGGGAAUUGUAUGGGAGAUGCAAAUUAUAGACCUAUUUAUAAAGAUAUCAUCAGAUAUCAAAACCUUAAUGCCGUAUUUCUUCUAUUCAAAAGGAACAAAUAUUACAUCUUUCCAUGGGGUGCUGUUUUUCCGCAAACAAUAGAUAUUUUCAAAAACAAUACAUUUUCUAACAAACAUAAUCACACUAAAUGUGAAAUUAUUUAUUUUGCAUGUAAAUCGAAAAAUUCUGAUAUUUGCAGAUUAUUACUUGAGUCAUACAAUCAAAAUAUAGUCAACAAUAAUGAAGGAGAUGAUGAAUGUAUUUCACAUGGUAUAUAUAUCAGUGAAAAAGAUAAAUAUAGAAAAACCGCCCUUUAUUAUGCAGCAAAAUAUAAUAGUAAGGAAACAGCUGAACUUCUUAUUGCACAUGGUAUAGAUUUCAGUGAAAAAGAUAAUGAUGGAUAUACCGCUCUUCAUUUUGCAGCACGUUAUAAUAGUAAAGAAACAGCCGAACUUCUUAUUUCACAUGGUAUAAAUAUCAAUGAAAAAGAUAAAUAUGGAAGAACCGCUCUUCAUAUUGCAGCAAUUUAUAAUCGUAAAGAAACAGCCGAACUUCUUAUUUCACAUGGUAUAAAUAUCAUUGAAAAAGAUAAUAAUGGAGAAACAGCUCUUCAUCAUGCAGCACGUUAUAAUAAUAAAGAAACAGCUGAACUUCUUAUUUCACAUGGUGCAAACAUCAUUGAAAAAGAUAAAUAUGGAGCAACCGCUCUUCAUCAUGCAGCACGUUAUAAUAAUAAAGAAACAGCUGAACUUCUUAUUUCACAUGGUGCAAACAUCAUUGAAAAAGAUAAUAAUGGAGCAACCGCUCUUCAUCAUGCAGCACGUUAUAAUAAUAAAGAAACAGCUGAACUUCUUAUUUCACAUGGUAUAAAUAUCAAUGAAAAAGAUAAAUAUGGAAGAACCGCUCUUCAUAUUGCAGCAAGUAAUAAUAGUAAAGAAACAGCCGAACUUCUUAUUUCACAUGGUAUAAAUAUCAGUGAAAAAGAUGAAUAUGGACAAACCGCUCUUCAUCAUGCAGCACGUUAUAAUAAUAAAGAAACAGCCGAACUUCUUAUUUCACAUGGUAUAAAUAUCAUUGAAAAAGAUAAUAAUGGAGCAACCGCUCUUCAUAUUGCAGCAAUUUAUAAUAGUAAAGAAACAGCCAAACUUCUUAUUUCACAUGGUAUAGAUAUCAGUGAAAAAGAUAAUGAUGGAGCAACCGCUCUUUAUUAUGCAGCAAAAUAUAAUAAUAAAGAAACAGCCGAACUUCUUAGAGUACACCUGAAAAUCUGCGACAUUUUUUAA